AAGAAAUAAAAUAAAAACUUAUUAGAGAACCGCCGUGCAGCAACUAGGUGAUAAGAGAAUGAUGAAACUUUGACGUCAGUUAACUAAUCCCUUUAUUUUGAGCUUUUCUGUGCGUGAAAGCCGUGAAUCUUGACAAUAUUUUAUCGUGGCUCAAAUUCAAAUAUCACCUUGGGAGUUACGACAUUUUGGAAUUUAAUUGAAGCAGACGAGAAAAUGCUUUUAUGCAGUCUAGCAAGAAGGAGUUAAUGUGCGUCAACAAAUUCAAAAUCAGGCGUCAGUUGCGAUCUGCUUUAAGUAUUCUGCAAUUCACCUUUGCUAGCAGAACCAGCAGACCAACUACUAGGAAUACCUUGUCUCAUUCACACUUAUUCCGUUUAAGAAAAGUAAAUCGCUAAAGACAAGCUUUUGUUAAUGUGAGAUAUUAUAUCGAUAUCGAGAUUAGUACGGUUGGUGGGAAAGUAUCGUUGUUUUUAUUACCUGAACGCAGUCUUAGAUAAGCGCCCUAAUAGGAUGCACAUUCCCUGCAGUGGUGCUGAACACCGACCGAUGGAGUAUUGAAGUUAAACAUAAAGUUCACCAUGUCACCUUCGCUACGCAACCUGCUUCACAACACAGUAAAGGAGAGAGAUGUUUAAAUUUUACUGUGCUAUUCGAUAAGUCGACGAAUGUCAUCGAUAAAAGCAAGUUGUCCCAGGCUCCCAGCGAUAUGUAAACGAGCUGUCCAGAUCAUUUAAUUCCAGGUUCAACUUCUGAGUAAUUCUUUGCCGACGUACUUUUGUCAUGAAUUCAGGGCGUCUUCUCCGUAGACCUUGACAGUCCAAUCAUCACACCAAUUAUCGUUUCAAAACCUCAACUGGAUGUCAAUAGUCUUUGCCCUGUGAAAUCAAAUCGACGGUUGUUUUCAGUCUAUGUCGGCCGAGAAGGACCCACUAUAAUGCUACGAUGUUGAUGUCAGCACUUGCUGAUUUUCCUUAUGCUUGGGUCUUGGAUUUAUUCGUAUAGACGGAAUACCACUAACAGAAAGGGAGUCCUUCCUAUACGACAUUUUGGAAUCAUCGAAUCGGAGCAGACGACACGGUUGUUAUACAAUCUGGUAAGAAUAAGUUAGCGUGCGUCAUCAAGCUAAAAAUCAGGGUCAUCUGCGAGCUGCUAGAAGUUGUUCACCCCGACGGUCAGCAGAAUCAGGUCAACUACUCGGAAGACCUUGUCUUAUUCCCACAGGAAUUUCACCUCCCAACUAACAGCUCCAUUUCCAACGAGUCUUCCCUCUACCUUUGCCCUGUUUAGUCGUCGAUUGAUCCUCCUGGUGCAUUCAACUCUCCGUCAUCAUCAGCUCCAAAUAGUUCUCUAUCGUCUCUCCAAAAUUCAAAAAUGGCUAAGCAAAUAAGUGUCCAGGAUUUCAUUUUCGAAGCCGUCACCAACAAGCAGAUGCCUGAACUGAAGAAACUGUUUGGUAAAUUCGACAAGGCCGGACAAAUGGAAUAUUUGCGGAAGCGCAACCAACUCGGAGAAACAGCGCUGGCAGUCGCCAUCAAGUUGAAACAUUACGAAAUGAUCGAGUGGUUGGUGAAACUCAUCAAAGAUUGUGUCAACAGACGACUGUGCCGUUCCUUGUGUCUGCCCACCUUCUGUCAGAUUCGCAUCAACCAAAUAUCCGUUGUUGAGAUGAUGGAUUAUUUGCUGGACCCUUGGCUGCUGGAACCGCGGCAGGACGAGCUUAGUUGGCUCGAGUUUCUUUUCUAUUCCGUCAGGAUCAGUUCAGUCACUCAAAAGGAAAAAGCUCACCUGUUUGAGCUGAUCGGUUCCGCCUUCAUCUUUUACCAAUCGUCGAAGAAAUCCCGCAAGAUCGGCAAUAUCUAUCGCUGUGAUCGUGGAAUCGAGUGCUGGAAAAGUGCCAUCGGCGUGAGGAAAUCUCGUCUCGGUAGGCCGGCCAUCCCCAAGAUCCCGUACGAGUUAUCCGACACAGCCCGGAAGGCCUUCGGCGUCAAUAGUACCGAAUGGUCCGGAUUAGAAGAAAUGGAACAGUUCGAGAGAGAAGCCUUUUCAAUAUCUGAUUCCGGAUUGCCAGUUUGGAAAAUUGAAAGUUCUGAUUGGUAUUUCCAGCUGCAGGUCCAGGCUCUUCUAGUGACCCAACGAAUCGCCUGCCAAGUGAAUUCCGGAAGAGCCGCCAGCCCUAAUUACUUUUAUCUGAAUCACUUGAUCCGUUUGGGUUGGGAUUGCAACAAACGGAAGCAUUUCGACCAAGCCAUCAGCAUUUGUUUCCUCGUACUCGAGCAAUCCGCCGGAUUAAACCCGACGAAAGUGUCACCUAAAUGCACCAACAUUUUCAUAGAAACGUUCGAUCUGUUGGCGAAUUGUUUCAAAAAUAUCAAAGAAUCGACCGGGACCAUUAGCGAAGAAUUGUCGGUCGCCAACAUCCUGACGGCCCUCAAAUAUUGCACAGCCAUAGCCCAUUUGUUACCCGUGUCGUCCGCCGAGAAUAAGGAUCGGAAUCGUCGCAAAGUGAAACUGUUAUCCGUUUACGAUUUCGUCUUGUUUCUGUCCGAUCUGAAGCUGAGCAAAAUGGAAUACCAACAGCUGGAAGAAAACCUUUCGAUUUACGUCCGCCACGUCGUUCAUCGAGGAUCGUGCCAACUCCUUCACGCUGCAGUUAACCAGGCCAUCUGGUAUCACGAAAUCGUUAGCCAGGAUGUGAUCCAGCUGCUGUUUAGCGUCGGCGUCAAUCCCAACGCCACCAACAAAAAGGGGAAAACUCCGCUCCACGUUUUGGCUGAGAGUUGGAAUUGGACUCGGCUGUCCAGUUCCGAUUGGGAUCAGUUUCCUGAGCGGGAAUUCUCGAUCCUGUUUCGGUCGAUAGUCAACGCCGGUGGUCAUCUAGAUCAGGCCACUCCGGGUGGCCAAACAGUGCUCAGUAUCCUGAAGGAAAUCCGCGCUAAACAUUCCCGCCUUGACAUUCCAUUCGAUCCUUACCUGGAUUCACUCGUCAAUGUCGUCUUACCACUCUCCUGCUAUUGCGCAACAGCCAUACGGCGAAAUGGAAUUCCGUACGAAGAUGAAUUGCAACUGCCCCGUCGUCUUCACUCGUUUGUUCGCCGUCACAGUGCGCUGAAAGCAGAUAACAGCAGCUCAACAUAGGAAAGAUUUGCCAGAGAAAACAACGCGAUCGCAUUGCUCAUCAGAUUGGACAACGUCAAUGUUUCCGAGUGUAUUGUAACCGCUUAAAUUUUCAUUAACAAUGAAAAGGACAGAUGGAUAUAUGUGUAAAGCUGCUAGCAUCUCGACUACAACGGCAGUUAUUAAACCGGUUCAACCAAGAAGAAAGUCAACAAUUGGAGUGAUGCCUAUCGAAAUGUGUGCGUCUUUCAGCCCCUAAAUGAAUUAGAAAAGGAAACUGUUGUGUUUACUAGUUGAUGUAAUUAUGCCUUUUUCUCAAGCUCAUUCUCUCGGGGAACUCUGUAGACCCAAGUCGUUCGCCAUCAUUGAAUUCCUUUUAGAUAUCAACUUCUACUCAGGCUGGAGUCGUUCGUCCUUCGAACACUUCCAGAGAUUUAUUCUGUAAAGCAUCGAAUGAUAGUAACCGUGGAGCGUGAACGGAAGGAAUCAUCAUAAUUUGCAUAAACUAUGAAAUGAUUUUUUUUUUCAUUUGAUGUAUAAUUUUUUAAACUGAGAAUUAAGAACACUAUAAAA